GAUCAAACAAAAUUACAGACGUGAUACAAGUAUGGAAGAAUAGUAGUAUUUUGCGAAUACUGGCAACAUCGAGACUUAAUGUCUCUCUUUUCGUAAAAAUUUGGUCCGAGAUAUUUUUGAGACAUGGCUGGAAAUAAUACAGAAGAAGUGGAGGGUUCUGCCUCCACCGAGACCAAAACGAACAAUACCGCCGAGCUCCCGCCAGAGUUCCUCAUCAAACAUCCACUGCAGAACACAUGGAGUCUCUGGUUUUAUGAUAAUGAUAGAAAUAAGACUUGGGAAGAAAAUUUGAUUGAGUUGACCACAUUUGAUACUGUCGAGGAUUUUUGGAGACUGUACCAUCACAUUAAACUGCCUUCCGAGCUGCGUCAAGGCCACGACUAUGCGGUGUUCAAGCAAGGAAUCCGCCCCAUGUGGGAAGACGAUGCCAACAAGAUGGGCGGCCGGUGGCUAAUCAGCUUGGAAAGGAAACAGCGCACCACGGAUCUUGAUAGAUUCUGGCUAGAUGUAGUUCUCCUUCUCAUUGGCGAAAAUUUCGAGCACCCUGAGGAAAUAUGCGGCGCCGUCGUCAAUGUCAGAGCAAAGAUUGAUAAGAUUGGUAUCUGGACAGCGGACACAUCUAAGCAGCACGCUAACAUAGAAAUUGGGAGGAAGAUUAAGGAGCAGCUGGGUAUCCACGGCAAGAUCGGCUUCCAGGUCCACAGAGACACCAUGGUUAAGCACAGUUCCGCAACCAAGAAUCUUUACACCGUUUAGUCAUCAUUAUUUAGUGUAUCACAAACAUAACUCUAGUGUGUGAGGUAGAGUUUGGGCGAACGCAGACAUUUUCUAUUUUAUAUGGAUCAAUCUCGACUUUUGAAGAGACAUUGUUUAUCCGUUUGUAGGUUGACACGAUAUUUUUUUUCCCUAUACAUUUCGCGACUUAAAAAAUUGGAGAAAAUGCCUAACUAAAAUGUCUUGUCUAGGGUGAAUUCAUUAUCGUGUUGUCUAUGAAAGUGGGUUCUGAAUGAAAGAGGUAAAUGAAAGAGGUUGUAUAUUUUUCAAUCAAUUCAUACAAGUACGAAAUACGGAAAUCAUUACCUCAUUUGUUUUACAAAAGAAAAAAGUAUUGAAUUAAAAUUACACAAAACUUCAAUAAAAAGGUAAGAUAUACGCUAAUUCGUAAGCACCAAAGCAGUUAAGAGUAUGUCUUUGAUUGUAGUUGCCCCUAAGUUAUCUCGACUCAUAAGCUAUUGUUAAGUUUCAAUAUAGAUAGAGAUUUUUAUUUAACAGAAGUAGGUAUACUUUAGGUUGUCGUUUCGAUAGUUUCACACAUUAUUCUUUUAUCGUCAACAUCUCGUGACGUGGCGUUAUCGUCGCUGAAUAAAAUUUAAGUCUGAUUUUAUUAAACUGAGCUUGAGUAUGUUUGUCGAUAUGGCACAUAGAUUUAAGGUUGUAUGGGACGCUGUCGUUUCCUUUAUUGAUAUACAGAGUGUCUGAAUUCAUAUAAUUGCCAGUAGGCAGCAUCAAACUUAGCAAUCCUUGUCGCACACUGGUGACUAAAGCCGGUUUCACACUGGGACAACGAAGACCAAUGAAUGUGUACAACUGUGCAUGUAAGUUUGUAGGCUCUCGAAUGCAGGCAUUAGAGACAAGACCGUACGAACAGGACGAUGAGAAGCGAAACACAUUCGUUGGCGUUUUUUGGGUCUUGGUGUGUACGCCGCUUAAUAAGGUGCAAAAAGUCAAGUCUGAGAAAAUAGUUGAUACCGAUAUUGUAUU